AUGGGCUUCAGAAAUCUUUCGCGCAUUUCGGCAGCUACUGGUGGUUUAGCUGAUGAUCACGAUAUUGUUGAAUUUAGUGUCUUUUCUUUGUUCCCCGAUGGUCGGCCCUCGCCAGCAGCACUUCCGCAAGACGAGAAGCAGAAAUAUGAUGCCGAAUUCGAAAAACAAAUGCAAGAAUAUGAAAAGGAACGGCAAAGAUACAAAGAGAUGCAUCCAGAAAAAGCGAAACCAGAUACGCUGGAUGAGGAAAUUGCAAAGAUGUACGAAGACGCAUCACAGCGCGAAUUGCGAAUGAUUUUCGAGAUGCAGGCCAACGUGCACAAUGUACUACUGCAAAUGGAGCGACGCGUGCAAGAAAUCAGCCAACAGCAGAGUGUUCAUACGUCACUAAUCCAACAGUGUGCGGCGGCAGGUGGCGGAGCAGCACAAGGACAAGUGGCUACCGGCGGUGCAGGUGGUUUCCUCCAGCAUGAGAAAAAUGAAGCACUCCAGGCUCUGCGUGAUUUAACAGCAAAUAUUCGAGAUAUGAAGAGUUAUGUGAAUGAAAUAUUCACACGCACGUACAAUAUGGAACAAAAGAUCGGCAGUGGUGGUGGCGGCGGGGCAGGCAACGUUGUACAAGAUCCAGCAUUGCGACCUCUUAUUGAGGCAAUGCAAAAUGAUAUUCGGCAAAUAAGAACAACGCAACUCGGAAUGGUAAUUUUUUUGCUAUACUUAAUGCAUAAAUGA